UGACGAGGGACGCGGGCCGCCCCCUCCACCGGUGCGGAGCCCCUUCGUGCACCAGCUGCGCUUCAGCGCCCUGCAGAAAGCCAAGAUUGCCUUCAUGACAUUGACACUGUUCCCUAUCCGACUGUUCUUUGCUGCUUUUAUGAUGUUGUUGGCCUGGCCUUUUGCAUUCAUCGCAUCAAUGGGAUCUGCUGAGAAAGAACUAGAAAAGCCCCUCUCCUGGUGGCGAAAGGUUGUAGAUGUCUUGCUGAAGGCAAUCAUGAGGACAAUGUGGCUUGCUGGUGGAUUCCAUUGGAUAAAUGUGAAGGGCAAGCAGGCUUUGCCCACUGAAGCAGCAAUAUUGACUCUAGCUCCACAUUCCUCAUACUUUGAUGCUAUACCAGUAACAAUGACCAUGGCUUCCAUUGUUAUGAAAGCAGAAAGCAAAGACAUUCCAGUUUGGGGAACUCUAAUCAAAUUUAUUCGACCCGUGUUUGUAUCUCGAUCGGAUCAGGAUUCCCGCAGAAAAACCGUUGAGGAGAUAAGACGACGUGCUCAGUCUAAUGGCAAAUGGCCACAGAUAAUGAUAUUUCCAGAAGGAACCUGCACUAAUCGAUCCUGUCUAAUUACAUUCAAGCCUGGAGCAUUUAUCCCUGGAGUGCCUGUCCAACCAGUGAUUUUACGUUAUCCAAACAAACUGGAUACGAUUACAUGGACAUGGCAAGGUCCAGGAGCGUUGAAAAUUCUGUGGCUUACUUUAUGUCAGUUUCAUAAUUUUGUGGAAAUAGAGUUCUUGCCUGUGUAUGUACCUUCUGAAGAAGAAAGGAAAAACCCAUCUUUGUAUGCAAAUAAUGUGAGACGUGUAAUGGCAAAGGCUUUGGGAGUUCCAGUAACAGACUAUACUUUUGAAGACUGCCAACUGGCUUUGGCUGAAGGACAACUCCGCCUCCCUUCAAACACUUGUCUCUUAGAAUUUGCAAAACUUGUAAGAAGUCUUGGAUUAAAGCCAGAGAAACUUGAAAAAGAACUUGAUACAUAUUCAGAAAGUGCUAAGAGAAUGAAAGGCAAAAGGGUCAGUCUCAAGGAGUUUGCUGAAUACUUGGAAGUCCCAGUUUCUGACACAUUAGAAAACAUGUUUGCACUUUUUGAUGAGAAGGAAGAUGGUCUGAUUGACUUACGAGAAUAUGUGACCGCUUUGUCAGUAGUCUGUACGCCAUCCAAAACUUUGCAAACAAUACAGUUGGCUUUUGAGAUGUAUGAGUCAGCAUCGGGAGCUCUAACAGAAGAAGAUUUAACUUGCAUUCUAAAGACUGCCAUGGGUGUGUCAGACCUUAAUGUGUCAAACCUUUUUAGAGCUAUAAAUGACAAAGAAAGAGGGAAAAUUACAUAUGAUGAUUUCCACAGAUUUGCUGAAGUAUAUCCAGACUUUGCUGAGGAGUAUCUAUAUCCUGACCAAAUGGAGACUCCUGCCCCUAAUGGCUUCUGUACAGACUUCAGCCCAGAAAUUACUGAAGAUAGGAGAAAUCGCCUACAGAAGAAACUGAAUUAAUAUUAGCAAUUCUACCAUCCUCUGGUGAGAGGAGUAUGUCCUGUCUUGGGCUCUUCAUAGUCACACAGCUAUAUAACCUGAAAUAUGUGAGGGGUGUGUGGUAGAGGGAGCGUGUGUGCAUGGGAGGGGGAGAGAGAGAGAGAGAGAGAGAGAGAGAAUGAGAAGAUUUUAGUGCAUUAAUGACCGUCUUCAUGCUUCAUUUUGUGAAGAUCUUAUUUUCCCAUCAGCGUCUUGGAAAAUUAAGAAUGUAAAUGAACUUUCUCUUGUGUACUUAAAAAGAAGAUGCUUGCAUAUUUAUAUCCCAUUGUUUAGUUUCAUGUACAAAGUGUCCUACAAAGUGUGCAUGUGUAAAGAAUACUGUAGCUCCUAUGGUGUCAAGUGCACUUCGGUGAUUAGUAUUAUCCCGAUUUAGGGAAUUGUUUGGGGGUCAAGUUCUGCUUUCCAUUUUCAGGUGAAGACAGGUCUGCUGACUACUGACUAUUGUCACUGUCUUCUGAACAAAACAAGCUCAAUUUGGCCUUCUUGUUUCCAUUUCAGUAAAUAGAGGAAGAAAAAUAUGCAAAAAAAUAUUUUUAACUAAGGAAUUGUUUUUAUUAUUUUUUUCUUGCAAGAUUACUUUUUUUUUUUUACUUUUAGUCUGUGGCAGCCUCAGAAAGGGCAAGGGGAAUUACGGUUCCCAGGAUUCUGUGCAUUCUGUGCUAAAAAUAUUCAAAUCCUGUAACCCAAAUUCUACACUGAUGAAAAGCUGAAUUUCAAAGUUUGUAUAAAUCAUGCAAAUUAGGAACACUUCUGCAUUUUGUAUAGUUCUGCUUUUGUUGAACAAGGACAAAAAACUACACAGGCAUGAGAAACACUGCCCCAGAAAACUGGAAAUUCAGAUUACCUUACCUCACCCCCAAAAUAGCUGCUUGCCCACAUGGUUUUAAGCUUAUCUACACAGCUUUAAGGUCUAGAAACAUGCUUUUUUAAAAAAAAAAAAA